AGCCGGUUAAGGAAAAUUGCCCCCAAAAUCCUGCAGCUCUUGGCGGAAUGGACGGAGACGUUUCCGUACGAUUUUCGAGAUGAGCGCAUGAUGAGAAAUCUAAAGGAGCUGGCCCAUCGAAUAGCCAGUACAGAUGAGGCCUAUCGGAAAAAUGUGCAGCAAAUCAUCCAGAGCCUCAUUCGUAAGCUGGCCUCCCUUAACCAAUAUGAGGAAGUUCUUGCAAAAAUCAAUGCUACUUCAACCGACAGACUGACAGUAUUAAAGACCAAACCUCAGGCCAUCCAACGGGAUAUCAUCACGGUCUGCAGCGACCCUUACAUGUUAGCCCAGCAGCUGACUCACAUAGAGCUUAGUUCUUAUGGAGAUCGGAAGAAGUCUCGGAAUCUGGAAGCUUACGUGGAAUGGUUCAAUAGACUGAGUUAUUUGGUUGCCACCGAAAUAUGUAUGCCUAUAAAGAAAAAACACAGAGCAAGAAUGAUAGAAUACUUCAUUGACGUCGCCCGAGAGUGUUUCAACAUCGGCAACUUCAACUCUUUAAUGGCUAUUAUUUCUGGAAUGAAUAUGACUCCUGUCUCCAGAUUAAAGAAAACUUGGUCAAAAGUCAAGACGGCUAAGUUUGACAUUCUGGAGAUUGUGAUCCCAUUUUUCAGCCUGCUUAUCAAGGACAUUUACUUCCUCAAUGAGGGCUGUGCCAACCGCUUGCCCAAUGGCCAUGUCAAUUUUGAA